AUGUGGAUCAUCAACUGGUUUUACGACAUUCUGGCCUCGCUGGGCCUGCUGAACAAGCACGCCAAGCUGCUGUUCCUGGGUCUCGAUAACGCCGGCAAGACGACCCUUUUGCACAUGCUCAAGAACGACCGCGUCGCUAUCCUGCAGCCGACCGCCCAUCCGACGUCCGAGGAGCUCGCCAUCGGCAACAACCGCUUCACCACCUUUGAUCUCGGCGGCCAUCAGCAGGCCCGCCGCCUCUGGAAAGACUACUUCCCCGAAGUCAGCGGCAUCGUGUUCCUGGUCGACGCCAAGGACUACGAGCGGUUCCCCGAGUCCAAGGCCGAGCUGGACGCCCUCCUCGCCAUGGAGGAGCUGGCCAAGGUGCCCUUCCUCAUCCUCGGCAACAAGAUCGACCACCCGGACGCCGUCAGCGAGGACGAGCUGCGCCACCAGCUCGGGCUGUACCAGACCACAGGGAAGGGCAAGGUGCCGCUUGAGGGUAUCCGGCCUAUCGAGGUGUUUAUGUGUUCGGUUGUCAUGAGACAGGGUUACGGUGAGGGGAUCCGGUGGUUGUCGCAGUAUGUCUAA